CUAUAUUUAAAUAUCACACACAUUAUUCAACACGUGACUGGCACAAACGGUGCACGCGGAUUGGUUAUAUGAGGAAUGGCCCUCUCCUUGUCCAAAACGACGCCAUUGAGAACCAAUCUUUCCUAUCGGCCACCGGAAAAUGUCCAACGCGCCUCCGCUUUUCUCAUGCCUAUAGCAGAUCUGACUUUUGGACGAAUCUAUACUGCCAAUCUGAUCCGAUUCUGUCACCCUAGAUUUCUAUCAAGCCGUAACUUCGCUGCACUCAAAGGUCCGAUGGCCGAGGAAACGAAUCUCAAAAGCACCGUAGAGUCAACGAUGGAUAACAAGAUCACCGUUGAGUCAACGACGAAUAACAAAACGGAAUCGGAGAAGAAACAGGAAGAAUCAAAGGUUACCAUACCACCGCCGCCGGAGAAGCCGUUGCCGGACGAUUGUUGCGGGAGUGGAUGUGUUAGAUGCGUGUGGGACAUGUAUUAUGAAGAACUCGAGGAAUACAAUAAGCUUUACAAGAGCAAUCCAGAUGUUAAACCUUCUUAGAGAAUCUAGAAUUCAUAUAUUCAUAUGAAUUGUUGUUUGCGAUAUUCAUGAUUAAAUUAUUGAAGACAGAUUUACGAAUAGGCAGAUUCUUUGUAAACUUCACCGGUUGUUAUUUUCUUAUUCUACUUCCUUAUGGUUUGGGAACUAGUUUUGCCAAAUAUUGUAAGCAAAGAUACGAAAGCUACUCGUAAAUUAUGUUGAGAUAUUGU